UCUCGCCAUGCAGCCUCGGUUUCCUCUUCAGUCAGUAUGAGCCGCGCGGUUCGAGCGCGAGCACUUCGUGCUUUGGGUUGUCGUUUGUCACCGCACCGUUUCGUACGAUCGCGAGACAGCUUCGCGCGAAGACUGAACCCCCGUGAAGCAAAUCGAAAGAUCCGGAAAUUACUAAUGAGCACAGAGACGAGCGGUCCUCGUAAAGAGACGUUGUUUUCUCCGGCCUCUAGCCGAUUCUCAUAGUAAUCUUUGUGGACACUCGUUCGCGCGCCAUGAAGAAGCGUGCGAUUUGUGGUGCAGACAAAAUGUCGCCGGAAUAGAUCACCAAACUUUGGACGGAUUCAUCCCUUGUGCGGUGGAUCACUUGUCUGACUUACGACGGUUUCUUCUACUCGGCACUUUCGACGGAAGUUGUUCCGCUCGAACUUCCUUAAAGAGUGCAGACUGAGAGGAAUUACCUUGUAACAUCGCUCAUAGACUUUUAACGUCUAAUAAAUCAGAACCGAAGAAGAGGAUCUUGGGGAGGGGGCGAUGAUGGCCCGAGUGAAUAAACAUUUGUCUCUUCGGCUGCCGUGGGUGUCAGACGAGUCGAGGGAAGAGCGAAUUCGCAAUCUCGAUUCGAUAUGAAGUCCAAGUGAAAAUUCCACGACGAAAGUGAGAAGCGUCUUCGGCUGUCAGGGUUCAGACAAUGAACAAACUGCACCGACAAAGCGAGAGCAUCAAUGGCGUUGAGACAGGGCGAGCGACAGAAAUUGGAAAAAUAACGCGUGGCGUUCCCGGAUACGUCAUUGACAGGCAAACUUGCCGAAGCAGCAAUUUGUUAGGGGAUCAGCAUUGUCGCGAGGUGGAGAACGCAGACUGUCGAUAUCCGCUUCUUUUUAGAAGCACGUCCGGUCGGCGCAAGGAUCUCAUACGAGCACGCUAUCGAUCGUGACUGCCGGUACUAAUCCCGAAGAACUCCUGGGAGGCUCGUCAUGCUGGCCCCGGAGGGCAAUUUGACGUUCUGGGCCACCAGCAACUGGACGACGAUGCUGCACCAGGUGUUCUGCAACGACACUCUUCUAGGCUGCGCCGGGGAGUGCGGCACCAGUUCCGGCGGAUUCGACCAUCUCUGCACCACGGUCGAGAGGGGGACCUUCACCGCCCCCUCGUUGACCCUUUUCUGUACACCCUGCGAUUACGCGACAUGCGACGUCAACGUGUCCUUGUUGCUCAACGGCCUGGAGAGCAUCGAGGGUGUCUUCCUGUCCAGGAUACCAACGAGGGACUGUAACGCCACGUCUUUCGAGGAAGAGAUUUUGGAGUGUUCGCCGGCUGGCAGCAUCGCCGAUGACUUGGCCGUGUCCUGCUCGCAUCGAUCCAGGAUCGGAGCGGGGACGAAGACGCGUCGCUUCGACUGGAGCUUUCUGUUCGUGGCGGUUUUUAUAGCCGCCGGCGGACUGGGUAACAUAUUGGUCUGCCUGGCGGUAGGACUGGAUAAAAGGCUCCACAACGUGACCAAUUACUUCCUCUUGUCGCUGGCGAUGGCCGACCUCCUCGUCAGCCUCUUCGUCAUGCCCCUGGGAGCCAUACCUGGCUUUCUGGGAUAUUGGCCGUUCAGCGUGGCAUGGUGCAACGUAUACGUGACAUGCGAUGUGCUAGCGUGUUCGGCAAGCAUAAUGCACAUGUGCUUCAUCUCGUUGGGUCGUUACCUGGGUAUCCGUAAUCCGCUCAGGACACGUCACACGUCUACGAAACGAGUGGUGGGCUUCAAGAUUGCCGCGGUCUGGCUGUUGGCUAUGCUCGUCUCCAGCUCCAUCACGGUGUUAGGCAUAAUCAACCCCUCGAAUAUCAUGCCACGGCCGGGGGUAUGCGUCAUCAACAACCGGGCAUUUUUCGUGUUUGGUUCACUAGUCGCAUUCUACAUCCCCAUGAUCGUUAUGGUGGCGACCUACGUGCUGACGGUGCAGUUGCUUCGCAAAAAAGCGCGGUUCGCGGCUGAACACUCGGAGGGCGAACAAUUCCGCCGACUGGGAGGCAGAUACGCAUCUGCAAAAACAUCGUCAACAGCGUCGUCAUCGUCGUCUACCACGACCGUCACAACCACUGCCGCGAGAUCCUCCACUUGCACCAGACAGGCUCGCACUUCCGGUUGCAACAGGGAAAAGGAGAGCGAUAAAUGCGGGGGUGCGAAAAAGGUCCUGCCGCAGUUGAGGUUGGCGAUGAACGGUGCCGGAAGUGCCGCCGCAGGAUCUCGGCUCAAGUCGAAAGUGGAUCAGGCGACCCAAACACCGGAGAACAUCGCACGUGAGACACGGAACUUUACCCUGAGGGCCCUCAAACUACAACUGAAUGUUACACCGACCACCAUGAACCUCAGGUUUCUAGUGGGACGAACGAAAAAGAGAUCUUGCGCCGCAAACGCGGUCGCGACUGAACAGAAGGCGAGCAAGGUUCUAGGACUGGUGUUCUUCACGUUCGUGUUGUGCUGGGCGCCGUUCUUCCUGCUUAAUAUCUUCUUCGCGGCGUGUCCCACGUGUCCCGUGCCCAGACACGUAGUGGACACGUUUCUCUGGCUGGGUUACGUGUCCUCGACAAUCAAUCCAAUCAUCUAUACCAUCUUCAACAGGACUUUCCGCGGUGCAUUCAUUCGUUUGCUGAAGUGCAAAUGCUCGAGGUCCGCAAGGCCUUUAAGAUAUCGUGCGACCAACGAGAGCGGAAGGGGAGCAGUAGGUCUUUGCACGUCGAGUGCUCUUCCACUGGCCAUCAGCCUGCAGGGUACACCCUUACUGACUCCGACAUCGAAUCCGACACCGACGCCAGCGUCAGGAAGCUCGUUCAUGACGAUGAUGCAUCGGACACCGAGUUCACUCUAUCAAGACACCUUUCUGGUUCACGAACGCGAUGAGAGUGAUCAUUAAUCGAAAGAUUAACCGAGAAAUCACGCUGCACAACGCGGCUGCUGCAUCCUUCAGUGAAACUACAACCUUAGCGACAAUAGUUGUAAAAUCAAUGUACAUAGAAUGUAAAUAAAUUUUGUUCUACAUAAAUGUAAGUA